GGCUCUAACGACCGGCCCGCUCGCUGGGCGCCCUGAGGUCUGGCGAGGGUCCCGGCGAGCCCGGCCGGCCCCGGGGCUUGGGCGCCCGGCCAUCCGUUUGUAACGUCUUUUUCUGCCGCCGGCGCCGCGCAGCUCCCCCCGCCCGCUCGCCCGCUCGCCCGCCCCGCCGGGAGCAGCCGCUUGGGUCUCCCUUUGUAUGGGAGCCGGCGGCCGGCGGUUCCGAGCUUUGUCUCCCGACCCGAGCGUUCGGAGCCGCCGGCGUUAGCCUCCCCUCCUCUCCUCCCUUCGAUUUUCUUUUCCCCCUUUCCCUUUCUUUUUGAUGAACUGCCAUCGUUCUUACCGCCCCUUUGAGCGAGCAAGGAGAUCCCGGGAGAGAGAGAGGAGAGGUUUGGUUCUGGUUUGAUAUUUUAUGCAUGGGGUUUGUAAGGAAGGAGAUAACUGUCGAUACUCCCAUGACCUCUCUGACAGUCCAUAUGGUGUAGUGUGCAAGUAUUUUCAAAGAGGGUACUGUGUUUAUGGAGACCGCUGCAGGUAUGAGCACAGCAAGCCACUGAAACCGGACGGAGUGACUGCUGCAGAUCUGAGCGCGAAACCACCUCUCUCUGCCUCCUCAAGUCUCCCCUCAGGAGUUGGAUCACUUGCUGAAAUGAAUCCGGGCGAAACUGAGUCAAGAACCCCAAGCUUUGCAACUGUAGGAGCAGGUUCAGAGGACUGGGUGAAUGCCAUUGAGUUUGUGCCUGGGCAGCCCUACUGUGGCCGUACUGCCCCUUCCUGCACUGAAGCACCCCCGCAGGGCUCAGUGACCAAGGAAGAGUCAGAGAAGGAGCCAGCUGCCCUGGAGACAAAGAAGCAGCUUUGCCCUUAUGCUGCAGUGGGAGAGUGUCGCUAUGGGGAAAACUGUGUGUAUCUCCACGGAGACUCCUGUGACAUGUGUGGCCUGCAGGUCCUGCACCCAAUGGAUGCUGCCCAGAGGUCACAACACAUAAAAUCUUGCAUUGAGGCCCACGAGAAGGACAUGGAGCUCUCUUUUGCUGUGCAGCGCAGCAAGGACAUGGUGUGUGGGAUCUGCAUGGAGGUGGUCUACGAGAAAGCCAACCCCAGCGAGCGCCGCUUUGGGAUCCUGUCCAACUGCAGCCACACCUACUGUCUCAAGUGCAUCCGCAAGUGGAGAAGCGCUAAGCAGUUUGAGAGCAAGAUCAUAAAGUCCUGCCCCGAAUGCCGGAUCACAUCUAACUUUGUCAUUCCAAGUGAGUACUGGGUGGAGGAGAGAGAAGAGAAGCAGAGACUCAUUCAGAAAUACAAGGAGGCCAUGAGCAACAAGGCGUGCAGGUAUUUUGAUGAAGGCCGUGGGAGCUGCCCAUUUGGAGGGAACUGUUUUUACAAGCAUGCGUACCCUGAUGGCCGUAGAGAGGAGCCGCAGAGACAGAAAGUGGGGACAUCAAGCAGAUACCGGGCCCAACGAAGGAGCCACUUCUGGGAGCUCAUUGAGGAGAGAGAGAACAACCCCUUUGACAACGAUGAAGAGGAGGUUGUCACCUUUGAGCUGGGCGAGAUGUUGCUUAUGCUUUUGGCUGCAGGUGGGGACGACGAGCUGACAGACUCUGAGGACGAGUGGGACUUGUUUCACGAUGAGCUGGAGGACUUUUAUGACUUGGAUCUAUAGCAGCUUGCGUGGCGUGUAAACUGGUCUGCGGAGCCCCAGACAGUAGCUGUCCCCUGUGCUGUGUGGCAGUGCGUGUGGCUCUCCUAGGCAGGCCUCUCAAACUCCAGGUGCUGUCGUGGUCACUACCCAGGGCCUGCUCCUCUACCCCCCACCUUUCCCCAAGAGUGUGUUGUUUUCUCUGUUUCAAAAAGUUACAAAAUAAAUCUUAAAGUUA